CGGCCGUGCUCUCUCCGGAGACGUCGUGCUGGGCGACCAGUUUCGCGUCGCGGGCGAGGAGCGCUGCCGGCGGGGCUUCCUGUGAGGAGAUGCAGCGCUGACGGGCGAGGGCGUGGGAAGGGCGCGGCGCGAGAUCCCGCUACCGCCCGCGCUGUGCAACUGCUGCUGGUCACUUGCUCUUGCAUGCAGAAUGUGGUCGGGGAGCUCGGCGGGACUCGAACGGCGUGUGGUGUCUGCUGCGCCGCCGAGCCGCCCUCCGUCCGAUCGCCGGGCUUCCGGAGUCCUCGCAGCGCAUUAGCGACGGCGCGAUUGUUGCCACGUCGCUGCCAGCGGGCUCAGGUGCGCCGUCGAUACGAGUGCGGUAAUGAGCGAAUAUACGGCGCAGAGGGGAGGGGCGCGACUGGCGACCGCCGGCAACUGUUCGCGGGUUCCCUGCUCGCCAGCGGAACACCGCCGCCGCCGCCGCCGCCGCACUGCGGUAGUCUCUCUUGCUCGCUCGUUCCCGCGGCUGCUCGUACCUGCCCUAUCGCUUAUUGCUUCAGUGAAGACAAAAAAGUGCUCGAGAAAAUGUUGAUCGCUAUGUAAAGGGACAGAAAGAAAAAGACUGAAUACCAAAGAAAAAAAAGAAAAAAGUUAAUCUGAGAGACACAUCGGCCGCGUGGCCGACGUCGAGACAGCGAGGCUUCUUCGGGCGGCCCCCUUCUGCAGGAGUCUCGACUGGCCUCCUCCAGCAUGGCGUGCGGGUCCUCCUCCCAGCUGUCGUCCCUCCUGCUGACGGCGCAGUCCUCCUCGACGACGCCCCACCCGGAGGACGACUUAUUCCAGAUGUCACGCGAGGAGAAAGAGAAGCUCCUUAACCAGAGGAUGGAGAGCAUGAGAAGGAAGAACGAGGAGCUGCGAAAGAGGCACGAAGAGAUCGAGGCCGACAAGCAGAACGCCGACAAAUUCAGCUCGACGGUGACCAUGGAGGAGGUGAAGCCGUACGUGAUGAAGGCGCCUCGAGUUCGGCCGGAGAGGGCGGAACGGCAGCGGGACCCGGCCGACCCGCCCCCGCCACGCCCCGCCGACGUCAUGCCCGCCCGACAGAGGCUUUCGGAGAACGAUGGUCCCCCACCAGACCCAUCAUACCGUUUCUUGUCUGACCCCGAUAGGGACGGAUCUGAACAGACAAGAGAAAACAGGAAGGAGCACCGAGGCAGGGGCGGGAGGGGGCGGGCAAGUGGGGCGAGGGGGCGGCUCCGAGGACGGCGAGGACGGCAGCCGCCCGGACGCCGCCUUCGGAGAGGCGAGUCCCCGGAGAACGGGGCGGUGCCCAUGGGGCAGGGGUCCUUCAGGGGCAGGGGGGCAGGGUAG